AUGCGGAACUGGAUUCUUUUAGCUGAGACAAUGCUUAGAUUACAACUAUACUACUACAUGGGAAAGUCUGAUGUGUUACUUACCAAGGAAAAGCCAAUUAUCACAGGAAAGAGUGCACAAACUGAUGGCAAUGUUGUCCGGGCAAGGUUCACUUUGCCACAACGCCUGAAAGUUUCACCGCCUCCAAAAGCAGUUUCUGCUCCUCCAAAAAGAGAAUCUCUGCAAAGGGACAAUGUUGGUGCUGAUGCUGAAAAAGAUGGACCACAGAGGCAGAGAGAAUCUUCUCCACGACGAAAACCGAUUUCACCACCAUGGAGGAGAUCCCCUAUUGCUUCUCAAAGAGGUGAGUCUCCUCGACGUCAACUAGAUUCACCACCAAGGUGAAGUGCAGACUCUCUUGUUCGUCGCUAAGUAGGGUCUCCAAGUCGUCGAGGCGAGACACCACCACAGAGGAGACCAGCAUCUCCAAUAAGAAGGCGCUCUCCAUCUCCUAUGCACAGAAGGCAUAGAUCACCUGCACGAGCUUCACCGCGAAGAAUACAUGGCAGUCCUGUCCACAAGUGCUCCCCACUUCCACCGAGGCAACGUUCUCCCCCUAAACGAGCUCGCAGCCCACCAAGGAGGUCACCUCCUGUCUGCCGGCGCAGCCGCUCGCCUGUUCGCAGGCCUGCUCGUUCACGUUCUAGAUCAGUCUCUCCUCUUAGGGUUCGAGCACCACUUCCAAAGCGUGGAAGGUCCAACUCAUCUUAUUCUGGAUCACCUAGUCCAUGGAAGGGAGUACGGAAGAUUUCUAGAAGUUGUAGCCCGAGAAGGCCCGCAAGAGGAAGAAGCACCACCAACAGCCCCAACAGCAGCUCCCCUUCUCCAAGAGCCAAUUAGCACCUUGGUUCUUAACGAGUAGAUAUGCCUCUCUCUCUCUCUCUCUCUCUCUCUCUCUCUCUCUCUCUCUCUCUCUCUCUCUCUCUUCUAGUUUCAUCAUGUCUGUUGGGUGCAAUCUGGGAAGCGAAGGGAUGGAACAUGCAGAAAGUAACUUCAGAAGCUGGAAGUUGGUGUUGAUAUCAAAGACACUGUAGGUCGGUGGGUUUUGGUGUCCAGAGAGUUGUGUUGGGUCUUUAGUACUCAGGUAUGGGCUGGUUAGUUUGGGCAUUUUACUUUAGAACAUGUAUGGUGUUAUUGACAUAAGUGGGUUAUGGAUAAAUUCCUACUUGGAUUAAUUUUUUUAA